AUGGCUUACUUCUUGCCUUCGUUCUUUCAGAAGCGGCUGCUCCGAUAUGCCUUGUCCCGCCUGGAGCUCGUCGACACUGAGGCUCUGGACCUCGACAGUUUGGGAAUCCGUUGGGGACAGCGGAGUACCGUUGAACUAAGGGAUAUUGGUUUGAGAAUAGAGAAACUAGCCACACUUCUCCAUCUUCCUCCGUCAAGCCAGUUGCUCAGUGCCAGGGUUCGGUUCUUGAAAAUCACCGUUCCGGCCGAUAUCUACAGUAGCGGCAUUAUUUGCGAGGCCAGCGGCAUCGACGUACACUUGAGACUUCCUUCGGAGGACACAAACCAGGAUGGAAAGCCAGCAGGCCUGGGAAUUCACCCGUCAGGGGCUCAUGGUUCCAGUGGUGAUCAAAUCCUCCCUACGCCGAACGAUCUGGCCCAGUCGUUCCUCCAAGCCGAGCCGAAAGAAGAAAAGGACGAACUGCAGGCUGCUAUAUCAUCACGGUCGCAAGUCCUACACCGCAGCGGUACAUCAUCCAGUGAUGAUGAAGAGGAAUACGGACUUGGAGACGAAAGCAUGUCGUUACCCAGUUUCGUCGCUGGGUUUUUGAAGGGCAUUGCGGAGCGCCUCCAAGUAAAGGUCAACAACAUCUCCAUACGGGUAGAUAUGGAAGUGAAGCAAGAUGGAACAUCAAAGCGACAACCAGAGGACAAGCCAGAUCUAAUCUCAGGGUUGUUGACUGUUCGGGAAGUGAGUGUGGACGCUGUGUCCAACUCUACUCGUCCUGGUGAAGUUCCACCCCAUAGAGAAGGGAAGCGACUGAUUUCGCUCUCUGAUAUCAAUCUGGCUUUGGUUUCUGACCCAGUAGUGUUUUCGAACUAUUCUCGUUUCGUUACCCCUCAAUCUCCGUCGACUACCAUGCAGUCAAAGGGGAGUCAACCUCCCAGCAGAGCGUCAUCACCCCCACCUUUGGAUUCUCCCCAGUCGAACUCCGUCCUAGCUAUGACGCGGUCAACUAUUUUCGGACCACCUCGAGACACUGCGGGCUCGCAAGAUCCUGAAGAUGCCGAAUAUCCCAAAGAGUCUGAAUAUCCGGAAUACCCUGAACGUCCUGAAGACCCCGAAGAGCUUGAAGAAUCACGGCAUGAGCUACAACAUCAUGAAGUUCCAGAGAUGGAAGCGUCCAACUAUACCGGUCGGUUCUCAGACGCAGACACGGAUGCGGAGAAUAGAAGUGAAGGGUAUCUUGAAGAUUCGCGAGCCUUUUUCGAUGAUGAUAAAAUAUUAGACAAUCCAGAAUAUCUCGAUUCUGUCAUUGAGUCACAUAUCGAUGAUGUUGAGCAUUCUGGAAUGCUUCCGCCCCAAGAAUACCCUCAUACGAGUCAUCACAACUCUCCACAUCAGAGUCCAAACUUUCAUGCGGCUAGAAAUGCAACCAAUGAUCGUGAUACCGGAGACUCGGGAAUUCUCCGGAGUGGUGACGGGAGUGGUCAAGAAUCAGACACUCGGACUUCCCAGCAUAGUAGCCAGGCCACACUUGAAGCAGACCACCACACACUUUUCACUCGGACAGAGUCACCUAAGCCAUUUCCCGAAGCAGCUGACUCCCCUCUUGCUAAGAGUGCAGAAAUCCGGCCUCUGUCUCGUACCUCCAGUCCUCCAUCCGAAGCCGGUAGUACAAGCUCGCACUCCGAAUCUUCUAACGAAGACCUCUCCGAAUCCAAAAUGUUCUCCAACGAGGAGGCGCAAAGCAUGUAUAUGAGUGCUAUCAGCCAGGGCUCGUCUAGAGGUUUCAUGCCUAACAUCCCAGGGGCCUGGGAUUCACCAGAGUCUACGCAUGUUUUUAGAAAUGACAGCUUCCAAGAUAAUUAUGCAAGUGCGACAUACCAUAGCCAAGCUGGACACACGGACGAUGACAAUGAUGAGACGACAAUAUCUACACCAAAACUUACAGCUCAAACAGGGCCUCAUAUUACACAGGAACACAAUCUCGACGAAUCACCGUCGACUGGUAGGGACCGCAGUCAAACUCCACCGCCGCUGAAUAAAAUCAUAGAGGUUUCAAAGAAGUUUUUCAGCGUUGACAAAAUUCAGAUAUGGCUUCCUCCCAUCGAUAGCGGUGGGUCCAGGGAUACAGCUCAAUCAGCAAGCAGUGGCAUGAAAGAGUCAACAGCGAAUUUACAAGAGUCAAUGAUUGGGGAAGAUCUCCUUGCUUCCAAAACCUCUGCUUCUACGCGGUUUCGCGGUGAUUCAAUUGAUUCGUCGGUUUACCCUGAAAACCUUGGGCAGAGGCACCCACGCCACCCAGAGAAGGACAAUCAUCACGACUUCAAGAACGAGCAUCGUGACAUCGGUAUCGAGAUCCACUCGGCGGAACUCCAUCUUGAUAUUGCUACUGGCUGGCUUCUCACUAAGAUAGGUCAGAGACUGCUUGAUGCUUUCGGCGAUAGUGGCGAAGAGCCUCUCAAGAAAAGCCAUCCGUUGAAAGAAACACAGGGCCGACAGGCCUUCAGUCUUGCUCUGGACAAGUUUUCUAUAAAAUUUGUCGAGCAUAUCCCAGGACACGCUUAUCCUGCCGAAAACUCUCAAAUCCACCCAUCGCCCUCCUUCCGUUCGUUCCUCGAAGAUGUUCUCCUGCAUAUCACACUGUCUGGCUUGAAUAGCAAUUUCGCGGCAGAGAAUGGCAUUACAAAACUCCGCCUCGAUGUUUCCAAAUUUGUGCUAGGCUUUGCCUCGGAAGACCUGCUCUCAUUUGAUGAGGGCUUGAAGAUGCGAGAAUCAACUCGAGAUAUCUUGUCGCCUACACAUGGGGAUAUUUCUGUUUCCUUGACCAAGUCAACGGACUCUGCCAGGGUCAACUUUACAACACUCCCUCUCCAAAUCAAUUUUAAUAUCCAACGCCUCGAGGAAGUUGUUGGUUGGAUCGGUGGUUUGAGCACUAUCCUGGAACUUGGAAGCUCUAUUUCAUCCGUUUCAACCGCGAAAGGGGCAAAGAAAGAUCCACCCAAACGACCCCGUGGCGUGCAUUUCGAGGCUGCACCUCCGCCCGCGGCCGCAACCCAAAAUGACUCAGUGAUGUGGAAAGUCAACGCUCGGCUUGGUGGCAUUGUGUUGGAUGUUCUUGGGGAAACCCAUUGUCUGAAAUUGAGAACAACAGCUGUCAAAGUCGUCAGCAGAUUCGAAGGUGUUGGUGUCCAGAUUGACAAAGCGAAAUUAAGCGGUCCUUUCCCCCUCGACGAUGACCAAGACACGCCUGCCAAGAUUACUUUGAGCAAUAUCAGAGUUGAGUUUCUUUUUACGCCCAAGGAGGUUGAUCUAGACCGUUUAUUAUCACUCAUCACGCCAUCCAAGGACAAAUAUGAUGAAGAUGAUGACAUCAUGCUGGACACACUUUUCCGACAGCGGAGACAAGGCUCGGUCCUUCGCGUCACUGUCGCGGGAAUGAAGACUGUCGUAUCACAUAUCGGUGGUUUGGAGCCUCUUUCGCAGCUCGGGAAUGAACUGGGCAGGUUAUCAAAUGUCACCAAGUACUUACCUGAAGAUGACCGUCCAGGGAUUUUGACCUUGACCUUGAUCAGAGAAUUUGACUGUCACGUUCAUGUUGGAGGGAAGAUCGGGGACAUCUCAACACACAUUACAAACGCUGAAGCGGCUUAUAUCCCCAUUCCUUCUCUUAUUGCUGCUCAAAUUGGAACAGUGUCGGCUACCAGAAACGACGAUGAGGAGCUUCUUGGUGAAGUUUUACCUGCGAGCAGGAUGCAAAGCCCAGGUCAAGUACACCUUCCAAUGUUGAUGACUCGCUUCAUUGCCGAUGAGAUGGAUCCUACUAUUAAAAUCAAGCUUUAUAAUCUUCGCGUGGAGUACUCAAUCCCUUCGGUAAUUGCAUUCCUUGGAUUGAGCGAGGACAUGUCACGCGGAGAUAUGGCAUCAAACAUGGCCAAGUCCCUGGCCAAUCUCGCCGAUCUGCAGGAUUCCGAACAUGAAGAACCUCAGAUGUCUGAGCGGUCAUCCGAGCACCCUGAGAGCCCUAAAGCGCCUGUGAAGCCUACAAAACUGGCAUUGAUCAUGCGAGACUGCGUCAUCGGACUUAAUCCCCGCAAUACACCGGCAAAGGGUCUGGUGGUUCUCACCAGUGCCAAAUUCUCCGGUGCUAUCCAUAGCCAUGAGUCCUCCGAGGCGACAUUAGACCUUAGGAAAGCAUCGAUUAUGAUCAUUGAUGACGUGCAAAAUGUGGGACUUGCGGAUAAUGUACACCCGCUUAAAUCUUCCGUGGCCCAGAGCAACCAAGUGCAGACCCUUAUCGACUUGGGAUAUGUUCCUGUCUCGUCGAUAUCAUCAGCGACAGCGAUAGUCAAACUAAUGCAGCUGAAUGAUGAUGGAACAAAAUCGGUUGAUGUGGAACUGAGAGAUGAUCUGCUGAUUCUCGAGACGUGCGCGGACUCAACGCAAACUCUCAUCAAUAUUCUGAAUGGGCUUCAGCCUCCCACUCCUCCAAGCCCAACACUCAAGUAUCGAACUGAAGUCAUGCCACUACAAGACAUGCUAGCAUCAUUCUCUGGCGAUGCAUUUUCUGCCGAUCAGACGCCUCAUCCAGAAAGCUCCCCCGAAUCACCAUCUGCAUCCGGACAAACUUAUUCUGGAGAAGGGCCUAUAGAUGACGAGCUAGAAUAUGUAAGCGAUUUUUAUACGCCGAGACAGGUUUCUGGUCACGAGGCCCCAACCGGGAAUAUGGACAGUCCGUCUUCAGAUUCGAACGACCUUCUUGACAGUUUCCAUUCACAAUAUCACGUUUCCUCCAGUUUCUCCGAGUUUGACUUCCGUGAUGAUCAUUUUGCGAAACAGUCAGCAGUCGGUGGCACGGCACACAGGUGGGAUUCUACUCAAAACACAUAUGGACUCUCAAACGACCAUAAGUUGCAGAGAAGCCCUUUGCGGAUAAGGGUUCGAGAUGCCCAUGUAAUAUGGAACUUGUUUGAUGGCUACGACUGGCAACGAACCAGGGACACAAUUUCUAAGGCCGUCAAGGAGGUUGAGAAGAAGGCUACAGAACGGCGUGCCAGGACUGGCAGUCGAGCAUCUCCAGGUGUUGAAGAUGAGGAGGAAUCCGUCAUUGGAGACUGCCUCUUCAACUCGAUCUACAUUGGCAUUCCCGCUCAUAAGGAUCCACGAGAACUCCGCAACGAUAUAAAUCGCAACAUUGAUGAUCUUGUCAGCGAAACGGGAAGCUAUGCAACCACAACCACGGUGACCGGGGCCACGCCACGCCAGGGUCAAUCGCCAUCUUAUAGAGGAAAGAGGCUGCGCCUGUCCCGUAGCAAGUAUCAUAAAAUGACCUUUGAACUGAAAGGCAUUUGUGCGGACUUUGUUGUUUUCCCACCUGACUCGGGGGAAACGCAAAGCUCACUGGAUGUACGAGUGAACGACUUGGAAAUAUUCGACCACGUGCCGACUUCAACGUGGAAGAAGUUUGCUACGUAUAUGCAUGAAAUGGGCGAAAAGGAAAGCGGAACUAGCAUGGUCCAUUUGGAAGUGCUCACCGUGAGGCCUGUGCCUGACCUAGCUGCGUCUGAGAUUGUUCUGAAGGCAACUCUUCUUCCUCUCAGAUUGCAUGUCGACCAAGAUGCCCUUGACUUUAUAUGCCGUUUCUUUGAGUUCCGAGAUGAAUCUGCUCCUGCCGCUGCCCCAAGCGCUCCAGGCGAGGCACCAUUCCUGCAGAGAGUGGAAAUCAACGCCGUGCCGGUCAAGCUUGACUUCAAGCCCAAACGAGUAGACUACGCAGGCCUUCAGUCCGGUCGCACGACGGAGUUUAUGAACUUUUUUGUGCUAGACGGGGCGGACAUGGUCAUGCGACAUGUCAUAAUUUAUGGAGUUUCUGGAUUCGAUAAGCUUGGCAACACACUCAACGAUAUCUGGAUGCCUGACAUCAAGAGGAACCAGCUGCCUGGGGUCCUGGCAGGCCUAGCCCCCAUACGGUCUUUGGUAAACGUUGGUGGGGGAGUGAAAGACCUCGUGGUUGUCCCGAUGCGAGAAUACCAAAAGGAUGGCCGAAUUGUCCGAAGUAUUCAAAAGGGCGCGCUCGCAUUUGCCAAAACAACCUCGAACGAGCUUGUCAAACUGGGUGCCAAACUCGCUAUUGGCACUCAGACGGUGCUGCAAGGCGCCGAGGACCUGCUUACGACGCCGAGUGCACAGCUGGUGGGUCCCGAGGAAGACUCGAUAGAUGAAGAGGAGGCGAAAAAGAUAUCCUUGUACGCCGACCAGCCAGUGGGUGUGGUGCAAGGGCUUCGGGGUGCAUUCACUGGACUGGAGCGCGACUUGCUCCUGGCUCGGGAUGCCAUCGUGGCAGUCCCUGGAGAGGUAGUCGAGAGUGGGAGUGCAAAGGCUGCGGCCAGGGCUGUGUGGAAACGCGCGCCGACAGUUGUACUUCGCCCCGCGAUUGGAGUAUCCAAGGCCGUGGGCAAGACGCUGUUGGGAGCGGGCAAUACAUUGGAUCCGAGCAAUCGACGAAAGAUGGAAGAUAAAUAUAAACGUCAUUAG